CCCCACGCGCCAUGUCGGGCUCCUCCAGCGUGGCGGCCAUGAAGAAGGUGGUGCAGCAGCUGCGCCUGGAGGCCAGCGUGAGCCGCGUGAAGGUUUCUCAAGCCGCAGCAGAUUUGAAGCAGUUCUGUCUGCAGAAUGCACAACAUGAUUCCCUACUGACAGGAGUGUCUUCAAGUACAAAUCCAUUCAGACCCCAGAAAGUCUGUUCAUUUUUGUAAUUUGGUGAACUAUCUUGGUCUCUUUCAGUGAUCUUCUAACACCUUUUCACAGCUGCUCUGUGUGGAGAGAAUGUGACUCAAGGAGUGCCUUGGUUUGAAGUCUGUACAAAAGCUUAGCCUUAAUGUGCCAAGUUAACUGUGUAAAUCGCUACUGUUGUCAAACCUCUUACCAUCUACCUCUCCAAAUGAACUGUGUGCUAGUUGCAAUAACUUCUACUUCAUGAGGGAAUCAGUUUUACAUACCA